GCGUUUCAGAAGUGCAUAGUACCUCAAUCAUCACCCUGAUGAUGUUGGUAGUAAGCACCUGUGAAACGACGCUCAGUAUCAACCAGACUACACGGCGUAACAUCCCGGAAGACGGCCAUCUUGGAAGUUAAGACUGAUCCUAGCUUCACGUCCAUUUCCCCAUGCACGUGUGCGGUGUGGUGCUUAGUCGCAAGGGGAGAUUCGCAGUUUAUCGUUUUGUAAACCGGGAAAUAUGACUUUGUUUCGUGUGAAUGUGGACUCUUAUUUUAUUCGUCUUGUUUGCUAAGCUAAACUAGAGGUGAAAGUGCGUCUUGUUGCCCAAGAAACCCUGACACUUGCGUACUUCGGACUUUCAUGUUCAACACGACAAGCAGCAACGCUGUCUCUACUCCACAGUCUCGUUACUUUAAGGAGGCCGCAGAUUUGGCUGCGCAGGAAACUUAGAUGGCAGAAGUAGACCCAGAAACACUCCUGGAAUGGCUGAACAUGGGGCAGGGAGACGAGCGAGACAUGCAGCUUAUUGCGCUGGAACAACUUUGUAUGCUGCUGCUCAUGUCUGAUAAUGUUGAUCGCUGCUUCGAGAGUUGCCCACCACGCACGUUCUUGCCGGCUUUGUGUCGAAUAUUCCUGGAUGAGUGUGCUCCUGACAAUGUACUGGAGGUAACAGCACGAGCAAUUACGUACUACCUAGAUGUUUCAGCAGAAUGCACACGCAGAAUUAUUGCUAUGGAUGGUGCUGUGAAAGCUAUUUGCAACAGACUGGUGGUUGCAGAAUUGGCAUCACGUACUAGCAAAGACCUUGCUGAACAGUGCAUUAAGGUUUUAGAACUGAUCUGCACCCGAGAGGCUGGAGCAGUUUUUGAGGCAGGUGGUUUGAACUGUGUCCUGUCAUUUAUUCGUGAUAAUGGUUGUCGAGUGCACAAAGACACACUGCACUCUGCAAUGGCUGUAGUUUCUCGAUUAUGCACGAAGAUGGAGCCUCAAGACCCUUCCCUCCCUACAUGUGUGGAGGCCCUUUCAACACUCCUCAAACAUGAGGAUAGUCAUGUCGCAGAUGGAGCUCUCAGAUGCUUUGCAUCUCUAGCUGACCGCUUCACAAGGAGGGGUGUAGAUCCGGCUCCACUUGCAGAGCACGGACUGGUAUCAGAACUGCUCACGAGGCUGUCAAAUGCUGCAGGCCCGACCACGUCGACUUGUACAGGUCCAGGGACACCUGGUGUCAAUACCACCACAACAACACCAGAAACAAAAUCUUCAGCCUCAGUGUCAACAAUAAUUAGUUUGUUAUCAACCUUAUGUCGUGGAUCUCCCAGUAUCACUCAUGAUCUCUUAAGGUCAGAAUUGCCAGAUGCUAUUGAGAAAGCUCUAACAGGAGACGAAAGGUGUUCUUUAGACUCGAUGCGGUUGGUAGAUCUUCUUCUAGUGCUGCUGUUUGAAGGUCGUAAAGCUCUGUCCCGAACUGGCAUUGGAUGUGUAGGAGCGGGUCAGUUGCUGCCAAGACUACGUCGUAUGGACAGUGCAGGGGAGAAGUCUCACAGACAGCUGAUUGAUUGUAUUCGCAGCAAAGAUACAGAUGCUUUGGUAGAAGCUAUAGACACUGGAGGCAUUGAAGUAAAUUUCAUGGAUGAUGUUGGCCAGACAUUACUGAACUGGGCAUCUGCGUUUGGAACUCAGGAGAUGGUGGAAUUUCUGUGUGAUAGAGGUGCGGAUGUCAACAAGGGACAGCGUUCAUCAUCCCUUCACUAUGCAGCUUGUUUUGGUCGGCCAGCAAUUGCAAAGGUGCUUCUUCGUCAUGGGGCAAAUCCAGAUUUGCGAGAUGAAGAUGGGAAGACUCCGUUAGACAAAGCACGGGAAAGAAUUGAUGAAGGCCAUCGUGAAGUGGCAGCCAUUCUUCAGUCACCAGGGGAGUGGAUGAUACCAGCUGAAAAGGAGAAGAAGACCGAUGCUGUGGAACAAGAUGAUAGUGGGGAACCCAAGGGUGAUCCAGAGAUGGCACCUGUAUACCUCCGUCGCUUACUUCCUGUAUUCUGUAACACUUUCCAGUCUACAAUGUUGGCAUCUGUCAGGAAAGCAAGUCUUAAUCUCAUAAAGAAAAUGGUGCAUUAUAUCCAGCCUUCUUUGCUUGUCGAAGCGUGCAGUCCAGAGUCUCCUACUUACAACUUUGGCACCAUGCUUGUUGAAGUGAUUGCAACAGUUCUAGACAAUGAGAUUUCCUAUGUUACACCCCCGAAACAGCACAAUGGGGGCACCAAAUAUUACAGUUUGGUUCCUAAACUUGGUGGGAAACCUCCAGGACUUGGGUAUUCGCUACGCCGUGACUUGCAUGACAAGUUUAUAAUAAAGACGGAGGAUGAGGAUGGACAUCUGAUGGUGCUGCAGAUAAUUCAGGAUCUCAUGACAAAAGCGCAGGACAUCUUCUUGGAUCACUUCGCUCGGCUAGGUGUGUUUUCCAAAGUGCUACAGUUGGCAGGACCUCAGGAUACCCAAGAAUUGCAACGCAGCAAAAAUGAGAAUGAGGAAAAUGAACAAGAACCAUUGCUGGAUGAUGCUAGGGAGAUGUUGCCUGGUAAAGCGUACCAUUGGCGGGACUGGUGCAUAUGUCGUGGUCGUGACUGCCUGUACAUCUGGUCAGAUGCAGCAGCCCUUGAGCUGUCUAAUGGUAGCAAUGGAUGGUUCAGAUUUAUUCUGGAUGGAAAACUUGCUACAAUGUACUCUAGCGGAAGCCCCGAAGGAGGAACUGAUAGCUCUGGAAAAGGAAGAAAUACUGAAACACUUACCACAGAAGAAAACCGAGGAGAGUUCCUGGAAAAACUCCAGCGAGCUAGGGCACAAGUGAAGCCCAACACUCCUAGUCAGCCAAUCCUUUCUCAUCCUGGACCAUCUCGAUUAGUUGUGGGAAAUUGGGCACUGGCAAGUCGCAAGGAAGGAGAGCUACACAUUCAUAAUUCUGAUGGGCAACAGCAAGCUACAAUUUUGCGUGAGGAUCUUCCAGGAUUCAUCUUCGAAUCUAAUCGUGGUACCAAACACUCCUUCACCGCUGAGACUUCAUUGGGACCUGAGUUUGCAGCAGGAUGGACUGGUAAACGUGGUAAACGACUCCGUUCUAAGAUAGAAGCAAUGAAGCAAAAGGUGAAAAUUCAGGCAAAAGAAAUUUACGAGAAGUAUUUUAAAGCUGCGCAAGCUCAACCACGAGGAGUUGUAGCCAAACUUGGAAACAUUGUAGCACAGAUUGAACGGGCAUGCCAGAAGCAGCACAUGAACAACCGAGAGAGUUUUAUGGUGUGGCGUGAGAUCCUGCAGGGAGCUCUGGAAGAGCUGACUCAGCUGCUUCAGGAGGAGGGUGUUGUUUCUGCAUAUGAACUGCAUAGUAGUGGACUGGUGCAAGCAUUACUGUCGCUUCUGUCGACCAGCUGCUGGGAUGAGGGCUUGCACAGCAACAAAAGCAGCAAGCUGCAGAAACAAAGGGUUCGCGUUUUCAAGAGCUGCUUCAAGGAGAAGGAUGGUGAUAAUGGAAAUAUGAACUCUGCAGCCAUUCUGGUACACAAGCUGGUCUCUGUUCUGGAGUCCAUUGAGAAACUUCCAGUAUAUCUCUACGAUACACCAGGCUCUGGAUAUGGCCUGCAGAUCCUGACUCGACGGUUAAGGUUCAGGCUGGAGAAGGCUCCAGGCGAUAGCUCAUUAAUUGAUCGCACAGGUCGCAGCCUUAAGAUGGAACCUCUCAGCACUGUUGUGCAGUUGGAACGCUAUUUACUCAAGAUGGUAGCAAAACAGUGGUAUGACUAUGAGCGCUCAACAUUUGCCUUUGUACGCAAAUUAAAGGAAGGACAAAAAUUGACCUUCAGGCAUCAACAUGACUUUGAUGAAAAUGGAAUAAUUUAUUGGAUAGGGACCAAUGGAAAGACUUCGCCUGAAUGGGUAAAUCCAGGACAGUAUGGACUGGUGAUGGUGACAUCAUCUGAUGGUCGAAACUUGCCGUAUGGACGCCUGGAGGACAUCUUAAGCCGUGAUUCUUCAGCACUCAAUUGUCACACCAACGAUGACAAACGAGCAUGGUUUGCCAUUGAUCUUGGUCUGUGGGUGCUGCCCAGUUCAUAUACACUGAGGCAUGCCAGGGGAUAUGGACGGUCGGCUCUCCGCAACUGGCUGUUUCAAGUUUCAAAGGAUGGCUUGAACUGGACCACAUUGUACACACAUAUGGAUGAUGGUUCUUUAAAUGAACCAGGAAGCACAUCGUCUUGGCCAUUGGAACCUCCAACAGAGGAAGUGCAGGGUUGGCGUCAUAUUCGCUUGCAGCAGACAGGAAAGAAUGCUUCUGGACAAACACAUUACCUCAGUCUGUCUGGCUUUGAGAUCUAUGGCACAGUGACUGGUGUAUGUGAAGAUCUAGCUGUGAAUUCUGUGCAACAAGUGUGUGCAGUAUUAUGUUCUCCACCUGCAGGAAAAGCUGCAAAGGAGGCAGAGGCAAACCUACGACGGCAGAGACGACUUCUGCGCACGCAAGUGCUGAAACAUUUGUUGGUUGGUGCUCGUGUUGUGCGUGGCCUGGAUUGGAAAUGGCGGGACCAGGAUGGAAACCCUCCAGGCGAGGGUACUGUUACUGGGGAACUUCAUAAUGGCUGGAUUGAUGUAACGUGGGAUCAUGGAGGUUCCAAUUCAUACCGAAUGGGAGCUGAAGGGAAAUACGAUCUUAAAUUGGCAGCAGGUUAUGAUACUUCCAGCACUUCAGAGCCAGUAGCACCAGGAAUUUCUGUUUUAACAGGGAAGUCAGCUGCGGGUUCAGCUGGCAGAGGCAGUAAAAAUUUGGUAGAUGCAGUGAAAAGUGGAAGCACCAGUGUUCUUACAAGUCGCAAGUCAAGCUCAACUCCGAGCCUGCCUGAUGCAACUGAGAACCACACAAAAGCCUCAGUUGCUAGCACUGAGCAGGCAGCAUCAGCAGACAACCUUGCUGCCAAGCAAGCUGCUGAAGCGAUUGCUGAGAGUUUAAUAUCAGUUGCACGAGCUGAAGCAAUAGUUGCAGUGACAGGGGAGAGCCAGUCAUCAUCUACACCAGCUGGAGAGCUCUCGGUUGUAGUGCAUGCGUUAAGAGAUCCUCACACUGACUUGUCUUCAAUCUCAUCUUCAGCCGCCAGUGAUCUUGCUACCAUUGUAGAGACUUUGACACUUGGUGAAUCCACAAAGAUCAACACUGUUUCACCAAGCAACCAACUGAGGCGACAGAUGAGUUGCAGUGAGGAAACAAACUUGUCAUAUAGUGGAAACAAGAUUUCAACCUCCGGCAAUACUCCAAAUGUGGAAGCUGCAACCGCAAAGACAAACCUGUUAGUUUCAUCCUCGUCCAGUUCCACCUCCGUGAACAAGACAUAUGGGUCGUCUCGUGCCAGUAAAGUUCAGCUGUCAUCCGCAGCAGACCCUCACUCUGUAUUGGCUGCAGAAGCUGUAGAGGUGCUAGACAAGAUGAGAGAAGGUGCAGACUUACUGCGCAACAACACAAACAGUUUCCUGUCUGGAGAAUUGCUUCCUUCUUCUCUGUUAGUUGGGUCUGGCCAGCAGCCAUCUUCUGCAACAUCCAUAGGACUAAUGGCUGCCACUCUAGCUCCAUCAGUUCGUAUUAGCGUGUCUGGAGGGCAAGAGAGUCCAGACACUGGCAUGAAUGAGGAGAAGGGGCUGCGCAUCAAGAACAGACAUCCAUCCGCUGCAGUGACUGAGAUUAAGAGAGAGAAAGAUUGCACCAAUAAGGACAAAGAGCCAAGCGGAGGUUCCAUCGGUGCGUCAAAUCCGAUGAGUGUCAGUGUACCAAAUUUGACAUCAGCAGCAGGUACCAACACAAUGGAAACAUCAGCUGCUGCUGGGCUUCUCGAGACAUUUGCAGCAAUGGCACGUAGGCGCGCUCUUGCUGCAAUGACGAGUGGCACUGGGACGACUGGUUGCAGUGGCACAGGAUCAAGUUCAAGCAACGCAGGCAGUGGUGGAGCAGGGAACAUUUCAUCUCCGUCAUGCACGACACCUUCUCCAUCUCCAGGCAGCUCACUUUUUGCUCGUGGUCCCAGCUCUGUCUCCAGUCUUGUCCGACUUGCUCUCUCAUCCAAUUUUCCAGGUGGCCUCUUGAGCACAGCACAGAGCUAUCCCAGCUUGACUACAAGUGGACCUACUGGCACAGGUUCAUGUGGAAUCUCAACCACGGCUGGCAACGGACCUUGCCUUAGUCAAGCACUCACUAUGAGUCUCACGUCCACAUCCAGUGACAGUGAGCAGGUCAGUCUGGAGGAUUUCUUGGAGAGCUGCCGAGCUCCAACAUUGUUGGCUGAACUGGAAGAUGACGACGAGAUGCCAGAGCCUGACGACGAUGAAAAUGAUGAUGAUGAGAAUGAAGAUGAUGAUGAUUAUGAAGAGGUCAUGGUUAGCAGAAAUUUACUAUCAUUUAUGGAGGAGGAAGGCUAUGAGGUUCGAAAUGGAAAACGCCGCAGCUGGGAUGAUGAAUAUGUUCUCAAGCGACAGUUCUCAGCACUGAUUCCAGCAUUUGAUCCGCGUCCGGGCCGCACAAAUGUAAACCAAACUACUGAUCUUGAGGUGCCCCCUCCAGGAGCAGAUGAUGGAGGCAAUAAUCAGGAAGUUGAUCUCAUGCCUCAGCCGAACCUGCAGCUUGUGUUACGUGGACCAAACCUUCCAGGUGUGCAGGAUGUUGAAGUGGAACUGACUGAACCAAACUGGACAAUAUUUCGUGCAGUGCAGCAAUUGGUACAGUUGGCAGACCUUGGCAGCCGGCAAGAAAAACUACGCCGUAUUUGGGAACCAACUUACACGAUUGUAUAUCGUGAGGUGAAGGAGAGUGAAGGCUCUGGCCAUGAGGUGGGUGGGGAGAGUACACCUGUGAUAACUCUGUAUUCACGAGGCUCAAGAGAUGUGGGCACUCUUUCAAGUACAACUUCUCCUUCCACUCCUAUCCCUGGAACUCCGUCUAUGUCGUGCACUGUGGAAGAUGUGUUACAGCUACUGAGACACCUCUUCGUUAUCAGCACAUUCCAAGACGAUGCACAGAAUGCAACAGAUGAUAUGGAGAAUGAUGGAGAUUUGUCACCAGAAGAGUUCACAAGCAAGAAAAUCACAAACAAACUGCUUCAGCAGAUACAGGAUCCUCUUGUGUUGUCGUCCGGCGCUCUGCCAAGCUGGUGUGAGGAGCUGAAUCAUUCUUGUCCAUUCCUUUUCCCCUUUGAGACCCGACAGCUUUACUUCAAUUGUACAGCAUUUGGUGCCUCAAGGUCAAUAGUAUGGCUACAAACCCAACGUGAUGUAACCUUGGAAAGGCAACGAGCACCUGGUCUUUCACCUCGAAGAGAGGAUCCUCAUGAAUUCAGAGUUGGGCGUCUGAAGCACGAGCGGGUGAAGGUUCCUCGUGGAGAGCAGCUGCUGGACUGGGCCACGCAAGUCAUGAAGAUACAUGCGGACAGGAAGAGCAUUUUGGAGGUUGAAUUCCAAGGAGAGGAAGGUACAGGACUUGGCCCAACACUAGAAUUUUAUGCGUUGGUAGCUGCAGAAUUACAGCGACGAGACCUCGGCAUGUGGCUAUGUGAUGAUGACGAGCAGACAGAAACAGAGAGCUCAGAUGUGCCACUGGACUUAGGCGAGGGCAUGAAGCCGCCUGGCUAUUACGUUCGACGGCCAUCAGGCCUUUUUCCUGCGCCUCUGCCGCAAGACUCUCCUGCCUGUGAUAAAGCCGUGAAGUAUUUCUGGUUCCUUGGUGUGUUCCUAGCGAAGGUGUUGCAAGACAAUAGACUAGUGGAUCUUCCUCUCUCACAGCCAUUCCUGAAGCUCAUGUGCCAUGGAGAAAUCCAGAACAACAUCAAUGAAAGAAUUGGACUCCUGCCUGGUUCACGUCGCACAAAUGUAGAAGAAGAUGUCAUGAUGUCAUCUUACAUCUCUGAGGAAAGCGAAAAGGAGUUGGAAUUAGAUCCACCAAAGCUGAACCCAGAAGACUCUAAACCUUGGUUCAGUGGUAUCCUUGGAAGUGAAGAUCUUUCAGAGGUUGACCCAGUGCGUGGACGUUUCCUGCACCAACUUCAGGAGCUGGUAGCCCGCAAGGCUCGCAUUGCUCAAGACAACACGUUAUCUUGUGAAGCACGUGCUCACCAAAUCCAGAAUCUGGCUCUAGUCCCAUCAUCUGGUCCAGUCAUGAGACUUGAAGACUUGGCCAUCACGUUCACAUACUUGCCAUCAUCACGAGUGUUUGGUUACACAGCGGCUGACCUUGCCCUUGGAGGUGCUGACACGGAGGUGACCCUAGACAAUGUGGAGGAAUAUGGUGACCUCACCACAGCAUUUUGUCUCGAGAAAGGAAUUGCACGUCAGUUGGAAAGUUUCUGUGCGGGAUUUGGUCGAGUGUUUCCGAUGGACAAGCUAAGAGCAUUUAGCCCUGAGGAAGUUCGUGUUAUGUUGUGUGGAGACCAAAACCCACAGUGGUCACGUGAUGACUUACUCAACUAUACAGAACCCAAAUUGGGCUACACUCGAGACAGUCCUGGUUUCCAGCGUUUUGUGAGCGUCUUGGUCAAAAUGUCUGCCGAGGAACGAAAAGCAUUUCUGCAAUUCACAACUGGUUGUUCAUCACUGCCACCAGGCGGACUUGCAAACCUGUAUCCUCGAUUGACUGUAGUGCGCAAAGUGGAUGCAGGAGAAGGAAGUUACCCCUCAGUGAACACAUGUGUCCACUACCUGAAACUGCCAGAUUACCCCACAGAGGACUUGUUACGUGAACGGUUGUUGGCAGCCACACGAGAAAAAGGCUUCCAUCUUAACUAAGAUCUGCUGGUUUUUUGGCAAAUAAGGUGCUACGUUGUAACAAGGAGGGUUCUGUCUAUGACUGACAUUAAAUAAUUUGCUUGUUGGUCAGCAUGACAGAACAGGGGAAUUAAGUUUCAGCUGUUUACUUCCUGAAGUAUAGAAUUUGUAUAUGAAUCAAGCACCCAACGAUAUCGAUUGAACCCAAAUAUAAAUCUGUACGUAAUGGUCAACCGUCUCCCUAUCAAAAUAGGUUUAACUUUGGUCCUUUGCUUAUAACGAAACAUAACUCCUUCAGCGUUUCUCCAUUUUUCAGAGCAAAAUGAAGUUGCACAUAUGUAUUAAAAAAAAUUGUUGGCAUAGGAAACAACCUCUCUCCAUUGUAUAUGGAAAUUGUUGUUUCAUUAUGUUUCAGGCAAGUGUUUUAGAGUUCGUGUGCCCUCAUACCACAGCACAGGGGAAUAUAUCAGUCUUAAUUUAUGUAUCACAAUAUAUUCACACACUUUUUUCUUUUACUUAGGCCCAAGGAACAAUGCAAUAGAAAUGUACUACUGUAUGUAACUCUGUGUUGUAACUGGUACCUUUGUUCUAGUGUUGGAUGGUCUUGAAGAAUCAUCCAAAAAAAUAAAAAUUACAAUUUUUUUAAUUUCAAUAAAAUCAAAUAUAAUUAAGAAAAUAGCACAAAGGGCAUAAUUAAAAAUAGAUGUAGUGUUACCGGCACGAUUAAAUGUGUCUUUUCAAAUGUUGGGUUGACUUGUAGCUGAUAACAGGAUUACAGAUCCAGCAGAUUCUUAAAUGGCAUGUUCUUGGCUCAACACUUUUGAGCUGUUGCUUGAUUUCAGGUUAGUGUCACAAUGUGGAACAGCUUCUAGUUUAUAGAAAUGCUUUAACUAUAUAUGUUGUAGGUAGAGACAAUUUUAAUUUGUGCAACUUGCGUGGGCAAAGUAAAGGAGUCUUGGUUUAAUGAAUGAUGAAAAUAAGGCUGCUUAAUUUCUUUACUUGUGCCUUAUUGCACAACAGCAGGAAAAAAAAAGCAUGGCAGGAACGGAUGUGCAAGCAAAUGGGAUUAUUGUGAGAAAGAACUUUUUCCCCCUGGAUAACCUGAUUGUAAAUAUGUAUUACUGUUCAGUGCUUAUGAGAAGGAAGAAGAAGACUACUUUGCCUAAUUCAGGGUGGGGUAUAUGUGAAUGUGAGUGUGUUUAGAGAAUGUAUGUUGCCUUCUAUGAACGAAUGUUUGGUAUUUCUUGAACCGCUGAAUGAAGAAAUAUGAAAGGUUAAGCAACCUGUAGAAAGGCUUCAGGUUAAUCAUGAAGAUAUGUUUUGUGAUUUAUGUUCUGACGCUCACUUCAGGAUCAAUAAAAUAUAAAUAACCUA